AUGCUGAUCCCUCCGCACAGUACACUGCCCAGAAGAUCUUGGAGAUCAACGAACGCGGAAUAUACAAGAGUUCCUUUGCUAACGACGCAGAGACUCGCACAGGAUGAUGAGAUUUUCAACCGGGCGCGCCUAGUCAAUUGUGGCUACUUCAUGCAGAUCAUUCUCGGCGAUUACGUCGGUGCGAUUCUUGGUCUCGUUCGCGAUGACCGAGACCCCAGGAAAUGGACGUUUGACGGACUGGUUCGGGGCGCAGACGGGCGGUUCAAAGACUCUGACCUGGCGACAAUCCUGCAAAACUCGACUUCGUGGCGGGCUGGAGCAUAUAGGCACGGGAAUUCCGGAAGUGCUGCGGGUGAUAGAGGUGCUGGGAAUAGAGCAGCUAGACGAUGGGGCGCGUGUUCGAUGAACGACUUCAGACGGUUCCUUGGGCUGAAACCUUAUGCCAGCUUCCAAGAAUGGAACUCUGACAAGUCGGUUCAUGUGUGUCACGUUCGUUGGGGUCCCUUACAAGCACUGACUGGUUCAGACGGCUGCUGCAUCCCUUUACAACGACAUAGAGAAUCUCGAGCUGUAUGUGGGCUUGCAAGCGGAGGAAGCCAAGCCGCCGAUGCCUGGAGCGGGUCUUUGUCCGGGAUAUACCAUCUCCCGUUCUAUUUUGGCCGAUGCGGUCUGCCUGACCCGCGGAGACCGAUUCCUGACGAUCGAAUUCACACCGUGGAAUCUGACUGCCUGGGGCUUCAGGACUGCCAAUUUGAUGCACAGGAUGGGUCCUACGGAGGAAUGCUGACGAAGCUACUGUUCCGAACGCUGCCAGAGUACUACCCGAGGAGGUCGGCGUACGCUCAUUUCCCGUUCCUUGACCCGCAUUCAUGCAAACUUGAUGGCGGAGAACACAAAAGUCUGGUUGGCGAAUAUAUAUGGACGAAGCCAGAAUCAAUGUGGAAAGGAGGCAGUACUUGUGGUCAGACGGAGAGUGCUGUCAGAGAAGUGCUUGCCGACCAGACCGUCUUUCCGAACGGAUAUGCGGACAGAGUAAUGGAAGUCACGGGCCAUUCAACGGUCGAUCAUACAUUCGUCAACGAUCUGCUACUCAAAGAGAACGCGAAAUGGACAGACUACUUUGUGACAGAGACGCGAGCUUUGAUCGCCCAGUUGUCGUUCGGGAACGUCAGCAAGAAAGUCCAGUACAUCGACAUUGUCCGCGAUGUGAUCAACGUUCUCCCCGGUGCACUGGAUUUGCAAGGAGAUCGCCGGUCUUCCGCUCGGGGAGAAUGUGCAAACGCGCUAUCAUGCAUUCGCGGACGUAUGCCAAUACAUCUUCCUAAACUAUGAUCCCUCGUCAGACUGGCAUCUGCGGGAAAGCGCGAAACAGGCGUUCCACGAGUUCGACAAGGUUGUGAAAAACAUCUCGGAUCACGGAUAUCUCUGCUGGAUAUGGACCGAUCAUCGCUCGCGGAAAGCCUUCCGUUCUUGACUGAGCUGAAGGCGUCGGCUGACCGGCACCACCUGGACCUGAACGAGCUGAGCGUUGCGCUGUUCGUGGAGGUAGUGACGACCGCGGCCCACUGGUCGCAGGGAGUGACGCACAUUAUCAACUACUAUCUCGAUGAACGUCGAGUGGAGAGAGGCUGAGAUCGUGAAGGCCGAUGGGAAGAAGGCGAUGGAUAUUGUCGGGCUGCGUUGGCCGUCGACCCGCCUGUUUUGGGGAGUGUACCGAACCGCGCACAAAGACGAGAACAUCGUGGAGUCGACCAAGGUGCCGCUCGGAGCGGGUGUUUGCCAGCAUCAAAGACGCCAGUGCCGGCAUGGAAAAGCCGUUGCUUGGCAUCGGGGAGCACGGGCUCGUGUCUGCGCCGUUCUUUGAGUCGACUGUCCCGCGGGUGGUGAGCGAGAUUCUGAGGCUGAAAGAUCUGAAACGGGCGCCUGGCACAUCUGGAGUGCUGAAUCGGUUCACGGAGAGUGUGCACGGGGCAGCUCAGCAAUGGUACAUCGACUCUAAGUCUGAUGUGGUUCCGUUCCCUCAGUCUUUGGUGGUCGAAUACAGCGUGUGAUCAUAACACAGAAACUAUUUAAACAGCAACAAACUAUGUAAACCGUGUAAUGGUCAUAUGCAUUCCACCGCUCGUCUCGAAUUGUGCGACCAGCUUGUUGGCGUGCCAGACUUGGACUGGUCUUGGUAUAAUCUGCGCAUCGAGACUGAUGUUGACCCGUUUCGGCUGACCUCCUUCCCAUUCGAAAUCGAGGCCCAAUCCACCGCGGAUGCGAGCACCUUUGAUUGAACCUGUGUGCCACUGUUGUGGGAGAGCAGGAAGAAGAGUGAUUUUCAAGGGCGUGUCGCGAGUGGGGACGUCUGGAGCCUGGAUGAUGGCGUUCAGCACCGCACCGGCAAGCCCAGGUUCGCAUCGAUCUGAAAUAUGGGAUCCGCAUCAGCUGGGUCGUACAGGCUGAACAGAUUCGGCCCAAAGUUCUCGUAGAUCCCAUAUGUCAGUUGGUGGUAGAACUUGGCGGAUCGCCCAGUUGAGCCCAUGCCGCCGCCCGCCACAUCUUGGCCCAGCCGGCAUCCGCAUCGGGGCCAGUGCCGUUCCCCCGGUGGAUCAGGCUCGUUUCAGCAGCCGACAGAAUCUGCUCUCUCGAGUACAGCCCCUGACCGUCGUAGUUGCUGAUGGCAUAACCGGGGUACAGGCCAAUCAGAUGCGACAGAUGGCGAUGCGUAUCGUUCGGGGCGUCCUGGUCCACUUUCCACUCUGUGGGAUUCGUUCAACGAGAAUUCGAUUGGUGAUGCAAAACCAGGCACCUUGCAGCUGGCCCCAAGAUCCGACAUGCAGGCCUUUGUCCAUCUGCGCUCGUUUCGCCUGCACCUCUGCUGGCCAUCAGAAUGUGCUCCAGCAAUCGAGGCUUGGAACGCACCGGCCAGGAAAGCGGUGUCGCUAUCACCGGCAUAUGGCCAACUCUUCUCAAUGGCGUUGAACAGCUGCCACACGAUCUGUUGCGCGUGAGCACACCCCAGCGUGAUAGGCGCCUGUUCCGGCGAGUUGCACGGCGCAACGACCAAUGUGCCAUCGUUGAAUCGGAGAUCCGGAAUCAAUUUGUCGAGCUGGAAAGACGCGACGGAUUUCAGCAGGGGGUAUCCCUGUGUCCGCAACCAUGCCAGAUCGUUCGUGUAAUCGAAGUGGUCGAAGACGUGCAGCAUCUAGCGAUCUCAGCAAGGGGAUCGAGCAACCGAUCUUUUGCGCUCACCAUCCAGACUGAAGAUUCUGCACAACCGGUCAAGUUGGCUUCCAUGGACAACGAGCACAACUCACCAGGAUAAUUGGCCCACAUCGCAUUGACACUGGAGUCGGCCUUCAUUCCGUGUGGCCAAAAAUCUUGACAUGUCACUUCGCGGUCAACGGGUCUUCGAGAUAGCAACACACAUUCAUUUCGUUAUGUGUGACCCAGCCUCUCGAGAUGUUGUACAGCACUUGAGCGGUCUCGGCUCCCCGCGGAGCCCAGUUUUUCUAUUCGGGAGCUCGAGUCAGAGCAUAACAGGACGCACGAACAACCUCACUUCGAAGUAAUCGAACAGCGGCCCAGAGACAUCCAAGUUCGUCAUUUCUGCCGACCAGUAGUUCAUUUGUAUGUUGAUGUUUGAGUGGUAGUCUGUAGUCUCCCUCAACAAUCUGGAGAAAAAGUUGGAGUGGCUUGAACCUACCUGCACUCCAUGGGUUCCCCGUACUGAGCGCCCAUUUCCCCUGCAAGUUAGCCGGAAGCACACCCCGGGCGCUGCUCCCAAGCAGAUAUCUUCCAAAGUUGAACAUCAGCCACUCGAGAUAGAUGUCCCCUUGGUCGACUUGAUAACUCGCGACGAUCUGAUCCGUCGACUUGCUCUUCCACUCCGAGCCUACGGUGCCCAACGACAGCGAGAACUUGUUGAGCACCCCAUCAAAGUCUGCAAAGUGCGCUGCCCGAAGCGAGGUGUAAGACGUCGGGAGCUUGCCGAUGAGUUGCACAAGCGCAGAGUGCGGAUCAGGUCCCUGGAACGAGAAGCCGUGGGCCUUGUCUCCAGCGUUUUGGUCAUAUUCCGUUCCUCCGACCCAUGUGAUCCAGGCUUCGGACGCUCCGGUCACUGAAAUUGUGGCGUUCGCUGGGGAUGAGCUUGCCGAGCAGGCAACAGUCCCUCCGGAGCUCAUCACUUGUCCGAGUAUCUCAUACAGCAUACCCGGCUCGCCAGCUGUUCCCCGCACUCUCAGUGUAUGCGAGUCCAGACACGUGAUGUUGGGCGUGGGGAGACCGGAUUCGAGCGCCGAAGAAAACGCGAAGGUUGUGAGGGGCAGAUGCUUUCCAGUUGAAGAGAUAUGGUGUGUGCAUGACUCAGUCGGAUGAGAACA